GGUCUGCUCAAGAAAUAUCACCAGGAAAAACGCUUUUACCAGUUACACAUCAAGAUCUGCUUCCUCCCAUUCCUGUGUCACCACCACCAAUUGAACCAGGAUCAGAUGAAUGGAUUUAUGUAGAUGAACCACUUCCCAAGGAGAUACCCAGCUUUUUAGUACCUUACUGGGAAAUGGUAGAAAAUGCAUAUAUGAGUACCAUCAAAACUAUACUUAGAUGUCUAAGAGAUGAACAACACUCUGUAAUUUAUUACUUAGCAGACAUUAGAAAAAAAUUCCAAGAUCAUUUGAAGUGUCCAGAUCUUAAGCAGGAGUUUGUUUCUCAGUGGCAAUCAGAUUUUAAUUCAGUUGCUGAUGACCUGCGAGAAGAUGAGGAAACAAAAGCAGAACUACACCAAAGAGUUACUGACUUAAGAGAUCUUCUCUGGGAUAUCUGUGAUAACAGAAGGGAAGAAGCAGAGCAGGAACGUACUGAUAUCAUGAAUGAUGGCUGGUUACCAGAUCAUAGGGGGAUUGCAAUGAACCAUUUCUUCUCACUUAUGCAGGUUGAAGUGGAUCGUUUCCAAGAUACAAAGAGACUUCUUCAUGACUACUACAGGGCAAUGGAAGGAAAAAUCCCAACAGAUGACGGUCAAGAUUUUACUAGAAUCCCGUUGUUAGAUAUUAUUGGUGUAGAGCAGAAAGAAGAUCAAAACAAAUCAAGAAGGAUUCCUUUAGUUUCUUGGAAACUGCCUUCACCAGAAAUAAAUAUUACCAAGUCAAAAAGCAAGGGAGCUCUACAGAAGAGUGCUAAGGAUGAGAAUUCUGUAAAUGGAGCGGCCACUUUUGGGAAAGAUGAAAAACUUAUUACUGAUACAUGGCAAAGAGCAGUAACAGCAGUAUCAAAUAUGGUAACAGCGGAAAUACAGUCUGAAGAAAUGGAGGAAGAAAAAGAACAUCAGCAACUAGAACUGAAAGAAGAUCUGAAAUCUUCACAGACACUGUCAGGCAAAGCUACUGGGAAAGGUGCCAAAGAUGCCAAAAAGCUUUCUCCCACAUCAGCUACUAAAAAGAAAGGGCCAUCUUCUACUGCAUCUGUGGUUGAAGUCAGUCCAGUUCCUAUAAACACAGAAGAAUUAAAGAAACGAGAACUGACACUUAAAAUAAAGCAAGAAUAUUUCAGUGCCUUAAAACAUGAGGAGAUAGCCACAAUAUCUCGACUAGAACUUAUAAAAGAAAAAGCUUUAGCAUUUGUUCAAGAGUUAACAAUGAAAGCAGAAGAGGCUUAUAAAGAUAUGGAAAAGUGGUUUGGAUCCAGGUUCUUGGCAGAAAUGUCCAGUGUUGAAAAGCUCAUUGAGGUUGCACGACAUCAUAUCGAGAGUUCUAGCAAAAUCCAAUACGAAAUUACUUUAGAAGAAACAGAUUUCUUCAUCAGCAGUGAUGUAAAAGUGAUUCCUGACCCUGUUCCUUCACCACAUGUUCCACUCCUAGAGACCUCAGGAAGUGGUACUCUAACUAUUUCACAACUUACUACACUCCAUAAGCAGUUUUUACAGGUGGCACCUAAAGGUUUUAUACAAAAGAAAGUAUUUAUUGACAUUUUUAUUGACUUGAUUAAUUUGAAUCUUGGAACAAAUUGCCUUCCUGAUAUCUGGCUGAACUUAACACUUCCAGUUUUACAAAAUCUGGCAUCUGCAUUCAUAGUGAACUCAGAAUUUAUUGACUGGCGCAGAUUCUUGCUAGCAGCAGCACAGCCCUGGCCAGUGCCAUCUGUGACACAACUUCUCAAAACACUACAUAGCUUCAAGUCUGUUGAUGUAGCUGGAUCAGGCUUUGUUACACAGGAGUACUAUAUGCAGGUUGGCUUGUGGUUUGAUGGAAAUGAAGAUCCAAGUGUAACAAAAAGUUGCACAGAAACUUUGCCUUUAGAUAGGCUGAGACAGCUCAUAAAGUUUUUCUUCACUUUAUUUGUUGAUACCGGAAAAGAUCCUGCUCUGCUCAACUAUACUGAGAUGCUACUUUAUUUUGCUUCCCACUCUGAUCCAGUUGAAGGUGUUUAUAGAGCACUUAGCGUUGCCACUGGAACAUAUAUUCAUAGGAAAGGAGAAGCUUCUCUUCCAUGUGUGGCUUUUCCGUAUCCCAACAUAGUAUCAAAUGAGAAAACUUUAAUAGAAGAUGAAAAAGAAGUAUUGAAUUACAUGGGUGAAGGAAUAAUUUCAGUGACAACUCUGCUCGAAGUGUUUCACACUGGAGGAAGUAAAGAUGAAGAUAAUCAUAGAUUUAGUAAUUUGGAGCAGGAAGGUAGCUAUGAUAAGUUAAAGCAUUUCAUCAAAAUAUACAAAGAAUUAGGCACUGAAGAUCUGACACCCAUUCCAGUUGCACUGCUUUUGCAGCAUCCUUUCAUUCAAGACUUGAUCAACAGAUAUCAAGAAUACAAGCUUCCUGAUAUUAAAAUCUUUCUCCAAAGAUCUGAACAGCAGUCAACUGAUGGAAAAAACACCACAUGUAAAGACAUCAAUGUAUGA